AUGUUCAAGAAGUUUGCUAACAUUAUGACAAACAAAUUCCAGAUGUCAAUGAUGGGAGAAAUGAAUUUCUUUCUAGGACUACAAGUGAAGCAGACCAAAGAAGGAAUACUGAUCAACCAGUCAAAGUAUGCCAAAGAACUGAUCAACAAGUUCGACAUUCAGCAUAUGAAAUCAGUCAAGAUUCUGAUGAACACCAACUGGAAGGUGGAUCCAGGAUCUGAAGAAAAAUCUAUAUCUCCAACCAAAUACAAAGAAAUCAUUGGAUCACUACUCUAUUUGACUGCUAGCAAACCAGACAUUGCAUUUGCAGUCGGAGUUUGUGCGAGAUAUCAGUCAGAUCCCAAGGAAGCUCACAUAGACGCUGCAAAGCAUAUUCUAAGAUAUCUCAAAGGCACGCCCAACAUAGAACUGUGA